GUCACUUUUUGUUCACCUCAUAAGUUCAGCUAUGUGGAAGUUAUUCGUUGCUACAAAUCUUGUGUGUUUUGGUUUAUUCGUGGUGGAUUCGUAAAAUCUUUUUUAAAAAGGAUUCUUCUGAAUGGAUACAUUCAAAGGGCUCACACCCAGAAAUUAACGGGCCCUUUGUAAAUGAUACUUCAGCUGUACACUAAAAAACACAAUUCCUUACGAUGAAACCAUAGAGCUAGGAUGACACACACGGACUCCAGGUCAAAUGACUGACCGUGGCCUUGAACUGCAUAGCAGGCUAGACCUCAGGGCAGUGGAAAAACAACACCUUUAGCUUACUUUAUGAACAGAGGUCCAAGACAAGUCUUCUUUAUGUUGAUGAACUGUCAGGAAUGAUGAGCUAUUUCAACAUGUUCUAUUGUAUAACAAAUGUAAAGACAUGAGUUGAGUCUGUAGAGUACACUGCAUUUGACUUGGCUACGAAGACUCACUCGUGACCUAGCAGUAUUUUGUCUUCAUAUUCUUUGACUUGCUAAACUUCAAUUGAACGAUGGAUACUUCACAUUUAUGUAGCUGUCUACGUGGCUUUGUCCACUGCUCUCAAGUCUUCACAAACAUUUUAUAAGACACUCACUUAUUGUACUGAUCGCUCGAUACUGGUCUGGGUAUUUCUGGGUAUUUUCAGAAAACAGCCCAUGAUAACGUCAUCGGCGUCGAGUGACUUGGAUUAAGGUCAAGACAUAUCGGCGAAAUGGCUCUUUGGGCUUGGCGCCCUUACACACUGGCGGCCAUUGCCGUACUGUUUCUGAUUGCCCUGACAUCAAGUUCGGAUAUACUGAAGACAGUGGAAAAGAUGAAGAGUUCUCCAAUCUGCGGAGUUCCGAAGAAAGCGUUUCCUAAAAACCCAGUCGAUGGAGUGUGUAGAGAUGUGGACAUCCGUUACAAUGUCAGAAACUUGGAGUUGCUGAGAAACUGUACUGUAAUAGAAGGUGACCUACAUAUCACACUAAUUGAGUAUGUCCCACAGGCUGUAUAUGAUAUGUACACGUUUCCAGAGCUCAAGGAAAUCACUGGUCAUCUGAUGAUGUUCAAGGUAUUUGGUCUGGAGACCCUGAGAAACAUGUUCCCCAACUUGGCUGUGAUACGAGGUCAAACAGUUUACUUUAACACUUACUCUCUGUUCAUCCAUGAGUGUAGGGAUAUGAAAGAGAUUGGACUAAUUGGGCUGACUGACAUCUUGAAUGGGACUGUGCGAAUCUCAAAGAAUUUCCGGAUGUGCUACAUCAACACUAUAGACUGGACUAGGAUUAUCAAGAAUGCCUCCAAGGCAGACCAUACAUUCAUUGAAAAUAGAGAAGAAAGCUUAUGUCCUGACUAUUGUAAUGAAGCUUGCAAGAUGUUUGAUCACAAGAAGUAUUGCUGGUCUUCAACAUCUAGAGACUGCCAGAAAAAUCUGGGCUGCCGUUGUAAAGGAGGCUUGUCCUGUAUGGUUAAUGGAACUUGUUGCCAUGAAUACUGUCUUGGUGGGUGCUCUGGACUAACUACCAAGCAUUGCCAUGUCUGCAAGGACUACCAGAUGGGCCAAGCCUGUCUACCAGAGUGUCCCGCUGAUACUUACAUUCUUGCAGGACACAGAUGCUUGACAGAUAAAGAGUGUUUGAAGUUGCCUCCAAUGAAGCCAGAUACUAUUGGGAGUUUUGUGACAGAGAAUACACCCAAGCUGUUGACACUGCCCACCAGGAAAGAGUGUGUAUUCAAAUGUCCAAAUGGUUACAUGGUAAAUGAUACAUUGGGACACAAAACCGAAGAGUGUAUUCCAUGUCUUGGCACAUGUCCUAAAGUAUGCAACUCUACCAAAAUUUAUAAUACCAAAGAUUCUGAACAGCUCAGGGGAUGCACCAAGGUGCAAGGAAAUUUAGAUAUACUUUUAUACUAUGGCGGAGUUGACAUAGAUAGAGAGUUGAAGCAGAACUUGUUGUCUAUUAAAGAAGUGACUGGUUAUGUGAAAAUUAUGAGAUCUUAUGGUCUGGUGACUUUGAAUUUUUUGCAAAACUUAGAGAUUAUCAGAGGGGAGAGAUUGGUCAAUGACAGGUACAGCCUUGUUAUCAUUGACAACCCCAAUCUGGAGAGAUUGUUUCGAGAAAAACAAACAGAAAAAAUGAAGAUAUUAAAUGGCAGCGUUAACAUCAUCCAUAACAGAAUGUUGUGUCCAAAGUGGAUUGAUGCAUUUUUCAAUGCAACUAAAGCAACUGAGGGCACAAUCAAACCCAAUGGAGAUAUGAACCCUUGUGUUGAGGAAAAGAUUCCAUUCCAAUUUGUUAAGAUUACUGACAAGAGUGCUGUUAUUACUUUAAAUGCACUGACGAUUGGUGACGUCAGACAGAUAACAGGCUAUAUGGCUCUUUACAAGAAAGUGUCUGCACCAUUGAUAGACAAGAAUGAAGGUAGAGACAGGUGCUCAUUGAAUGACUGGAUGUCUGUAGAAGUACAAAUUGAAUCAGUUAUAAAACCAAACUUCUCAUUAUUAGCUGCUAAGAAUGUUACGAUAGAAAAUCUAGACUUCAGCUCGAAGGGUCAAGAAAUAACUAUUGGGCUGGAGAAACUAGAGCCUUUCACAACCUACGCAGUACUGAUUAGUGCCAGGACACUGACUUCUACUGGCUACACAGCUGACUCUGAUAUCAAGUACAUGAAGACCUCUCCAAGAAACCCAGGAAAAGUGCAAGAACUUAGAGUAGAAUCAGGGAAUGAAGAACUGCAUGUAAGCUGGAAACCUCCUCUCCAGUCGAAUGGAAUCAUUGGAUUCUACAAAGUAUUGUACUAUCCAAUCAAAAAUGAUUUCCGUGUUGUAAAUCAGGAUUACUGUUUAAACCCCAUGGAUGAGAUGACUGCUGUGGAAAAGAGGAAACAAAGUAUUGCCCAAGGAAAAGCACUGCUUGAGAAAUCCCGUCCUGAGAAUAGCAGCUGCUGUCCAUGUUUACCCAAUUUAAGUGAUGAUAGGGAAGAAGAUAAGAUAUCAAAUAUUAUGUUUGAGGAUAAAUUAAUCAGCUUGGCCUUUACAGCAACAUGUCACAACAAAACAUCCAAUGAGUCUGUGAACUUGGAGCCUACACAUAAGUUACCACCUGUAGCCCCAGCUCCUAAGCCAGCUAGAUUGAAUCAGAGAAGAAAACGAAGCAUCACAAAUUCAACUGUGGGUUUGCUCUUCAGCAAUCCCAUUACUGCCAAGCAUUUAGCUGACAAUCUGAGCAGCACUGAGAGCACCCAGAUAAACAGGACACUUCCCUUGCCAAACAAUGGGAGUGGAACUGUUGCUAUGGAAGUAGAGGUGAAGGACACAAAGAUCACAUUACCCAAUUUGAAGCACUAUCAGGAGUACCAGAUAAGUGUCAAAGCUUGUCAUGAUUCUGAUCCAUUUUAUGGCUUGUUAUGCACAGAAGAUGAAACCGAAAUAGCUUUUGGUCAAACUCAGCCCAAAUUGUCAGCUGACAAUCUAGAUUCCUCUCAGAUUUAUGUAGGUUUCGUAUCAAACAAGACUAACGAGGCUUUUGUCACCUGGGAGCCUCCUGUGGAACCCAAUGGCCGAAUUCUGAACUACUUUGUAAAACUGAGCAGAGAAUCUACUAAAGAGGACCAAACCUUCUGUGUCAACAACAACCACACUCGGGAAUAUCAUUUCACUCAGCUGUUGCCUGGAAACUACUCCAUACAAAUCAAGGUAGUCACCAGAGCAGGCAAAGGAAACUUCUCAGAACCAAAGUUUAUUUUCAUUCCUGAAGUCAAAGGUUCUGAUAUCACAGGUGUUAUUGUGGGUGCUGUUAUAAGUCCAAUAGUAAUUGUCAUCAUUCUAAUUGGUGUUUUAGUCUAUAUUGCAUACAAAUGGAAAUCCAAAUCAAAUGUUCUUGUGUCCAAUAAUCCAAACUACAUAAAGACAGAGGAUUUGUAUUGCCCUGACGAGUGGGAGAUAGCACGUGAAACCUUGCGUCUAUUGAAAGAGCUUGGUCAAGGGUCAUUUGGCACUGUUUAUGAAGGAUUGUUGGAGGAUCCUAAAACUAAGACCACCAAAUCUGUAGCUAUAAAGACUCUUGGAGACAAAGCAGAUUUCUAUGAGCGCCUCAAGAUCUUAAAGGAGGCAACAACUAUGAAGGGUUGUGAGUGCUUUCAUGUGGUCAAGCUAAUAGGUGUGGUUUCCAAGGGUCAGCCUGCCUUCAUUGUCAUGGAGUUGAUGUCCCAUGGUGAUUUGAGAAAUUACCUGCGCAAGUGUCGUGUAGAUGAAUAUGACUAUCCAGACUAUUAUCCUCCAACUGCUAACCAGAUUCGUCAGAUGGCAGGAGAAAUAGCAGACGGCAUGGCCUACCUUGCACACAGAAAAAUUGUUCACAGAGAUCUGGCUGCCAGAAACUGUCUUGUAGCAGAAGAUGGCACUGUUAAAAUUGCAGAUUUUGGGAUGGCUAGGGAUGUCUACAUGACAGACUAUUACCGCAAGGAUAACAGGGCCCUACUUCCUGUCAGAUGGAUGGCUCCAGAGUCUUUGAUGGAUGGCAUCUUUACUACCAUGUCUGAUAUUUGGUCCUAUGGAAUAGUGCUUUGGGAGAUGGUAACUUUGGCUGAACAACCUUAUCAAGGCCUUGGCAAUGAGGAAGUACUACGUUUUGUAUCAGAAGGAAGAGUUAUGACUGCUCCUAUUGGAUGUCCUGUGGAUUUAUAUGACUUAAUGAAGAGCUGCUGGGCAUACAACCCAAAAAAGCGACCUACUUUUAUGUACUUGAUUGAAUGCCUGGCCCCACAUAUGAAUGAAAGGUUCCAACAAGUCUCCUUCUUCUUUCAAGAGAUGUCCAAAGAUGGAUCAGAUGAAGAGCCUGAAGCAGGAGCUGCUGGAACUGUGGAGCAAGCAGAGCCAUGUGUGAUGGAAGUAGAAGAAACUCCCACUGAGGCUUAUCAGGACCCUGACAACAACUUCCAGAGAAUUCAGAAGCUAAAGGCACAAGGUUCCAGUGCUAGUGGAAGUUUAAAGUCUAGUAAAGAGGCAAGGACUGUGUCCAGUGAAGAAGAAGACAAUGUAGAGAUAGACUCAAGUCCAGCCAAAAUAUCCCCUUCACCCAGCACUCCUUCCACAUCGUCCCACCACCAACCAGAGUCCAGAAGACAAAGUCAGUCUUAUUCCAAGCCAAGUCUCCAUGCUGAUUUGAGUGAUUCAGACACUGAUUAUGAAUCUGAGGCCUUUGAUAGUGGUGAAGUGGUUGAGAGAGACAGCCAGUUUAUGCUGUCCCCUAAAGAUGCCAUAUCCUCCUCAGAAAUGCUGAAGUUGUUGCCAGAAUCCUCAGGAAGCCAGAAGAGCAAGUCUGGCUCCCUGGCUCUGCCUACUCCAUUGAAGUUGGGAAACAGUACAGACACAGAAGAAUACACCUUGAUGUCUCCCCCAGCUGUGUCUGUUAGAGACCCUCUAUCCCCUUCUUACACCUUCCCUUCCACCUCCCCUUCCACCUCCUCCCAGUAUGCACCCAAUUUGUGGCAGGGAAGGCAGGUCAACGUGGAGGACUCUAAAUACAAAGGUAACCUACCCAGCUAUCCAAGGAACGGAGGGAUACACAAUGGUUUGUCAAACUUGGCCUCACUUGGCCAAGAAAACAAGAUAGCCAGUUGGCUGGCUGGCAACACUGAAGAAAGCAUCAGGUCUGCUAGUACCACCAGCCCAACCAGUGAGGGCAGUAAAGAGAGUAACUCCAGUGCAGGAAGCAACCACAAGUUUCACACUGCCAAUGGCCAUGGACCAUUCUCUCAUCAGCAAACAGCCUUUUGUUGAAACUGUUGGCAUUGAACAGUUACUGUAUGUAGUUUCUUCUCUAACACUUUUGUAUUGCCAGACAGCCAAGAGCAAGUUCUACUGAGGAUUUCAUUGAAAUUAAUCAAAAGUGUUCUGUUUGCGUUGUCAUCCAUAGACACUCAUUGUUAAGAAGGUCUUAAAGUGAAGUCUAUUCUUCGUUCAGACUAUGAAUUGCACUGUGAAAGAGAAACAGUAUUUAUUGGAUGCUCAGGCUACCUCAUACAAUACAGAACAUUUCUUUUAGACGUUGACAGAAGUCAUUUAUUAGUUCUGCUGUGUACACUUCUUCAACAUGGACAAUAGUCAAAUAUUAGUUCAUUUGUGUAUAUUUCUUAGACAUUGACAUGAUUCAAAUGUUAGUUCUGUGUAUUUACUUAGACAAUGACUUGAUUCAGAUUUUUGUGCUGUGUAUUUACUUAGACAUUGACUUGACUCAGAUUUUUUGUGCUGUGUAUUUACUUAGACAUUGACUUGACUCAGAUUUUUGUGCUGUGUAUUUACUUAGACAUUGACUUGACUCAGAUUUUUGUGCUGUGUAUUUUGUGAAGAUGAAAGACAGUGAACUCAAUAGUUUUCUCCCUUGAUGGUUGUCAAAAUUAAUUUUUCUUCUUCUCUUUAAAUGUGAAACAAACAUUUUUUGUCAAGUGUCAAAAUAAAUUGUUUCUUGUUUGUUUUUCUCUGCAAAAUUUGGAAUGUGCCAGGUUUUUAUUGAUGCAAGCAAGAAAAAACAUAAUCUAUGAACUUUUUAUGCAUUUUUUUUUCAAAAGUUGUAUAUUUUUGUAUAAUUAGUAACUUUUAUUACUGUUUAUCCCUAAGAUAAUUUGCUGGAGAUUGAAAAUGAAGUAAUCAUUAGUGAAAAUAUCACUUUUGUCUGGAUCAUAUUCAUAGUAUGUCACAUUUGAGUUGUUGUUUUUUCUCAUAUAAUAAAGUCAUUUGUGGAAAGUUGCAUGAAGAAAGUAGAUGUUGAAAUAAGAAUAUUGUGCAUCUAUCUCUCUGCCAUGAGUACAGUCGGUGCAUUUUCAUGACAAGUAUCCACUGUUAUCAGGGCUCCUUACCAGAAUGAGGCUGGUAUUCAGCUGGUGUGGCCAUUAGGAAAGUUUUAUAAUGCUAAAACAAUGAUCCACCUGCCUUAACCCUUUUACAAAUACUAGAUGAGAGGUUGUUUUUUUUUUUAAACAUCCAUGUUUGUAUGAUGUUAAAGAAACCUUUUUUUUUUUGUUUUUAAAUGAAGCUCUAGGGAUAUUGGGUAGUACACAGUCAUCCUUGCAUUGCUCUUCAGUGGAAACCCAUGAUCCCUUUUUGGCAACAUGCAAAGAGACGUUUAAAUGAUUUCCAUUGUCUGAGCUAAUGCUAAAAAGAUUACACAAAAUACUUCUGAUAAUCUUGGCUUCCCAAUGUGAUAUAGGGCAAGGAAUGGACUAACUUUUCCAUUGGUUUUGCAAAGACAAAGAUGGCCAGCUUCUGGCAAAGAUGGCAGCAUUAAAAAUUUGUCUUGUCUGAUGUUAGAGUAUUUUAUAUUUUUAUUUUUGUUAAAUGUAAAAAUAUUUAUAUUUAAUGUAAACAAGGUAAGCCCUUCAAAUAGUCGAUCUUUCAAACAAUAUUUUUUAAAAAAUGUCACAUUUUAUGGUUUGAACUAUUUUUUUUGGUAUGAAAAAUCAAAUGGAAAUCAUGACUUUUUUACAUCUAAAAUGUUAUAAAACAUUUUGUGACAAUGACACAAUUCUAGUUAGGACAUUCACUUUUAAGUUGUGUUGUGUUUUUGAUCUAUUUGAGAGGAUGGGAUUCAAUAAAGAUAUUCAAUGGUUUGGUCAUUUUUUAUUACAACCAAAUUUUUAGAAUGUUGAUUGUUUUGAAUAGUUGACCGAGCACUUGAAACAAAAUGUACAACAGCUGUUUUAGCUGUCUUUGAUGUAUGCUUUUCUCUAAAUAGUCGGGUUUUAGCCAGUACCAGUUUUUUUUUUCUCUGUUGGUAUCAAAACAUUUUCUUGUCUGUGUGACUUUUGUGAGACAUAAUAAGCUGAUUUUCUGAACAUCUCUUUAGACAUGUGCCUUUCAUUCUCCUUUGUAAGAAUACAUUUUUAAUUAUCAAAUUUAUUUUCCUCAUUACAAAUGACUUGUAUUACACUUGUUUUUUUUUAGACUUUACCAAAGAAAUAUCUGCAUGUGGGAGACUGGAAAGGAAAUCUCUGACUUAGCUUUUCCCACUAGUUGAGAUGCAGUGUGGUUCAAUUUUGGUGAUAGUCUCACAUAUACUUCUAAAUCAUUUAAUAAUUUAUUUUUUUUUACAUUUUUUCUUAUAUGUGGUCAUCUUUGGUAAUGUAUUAUCCUUAUUUGAGAACUAUUUCAACUAUAAACUUAGAUUUGUCAACAGGAACAAAACAAAAAAGAUUUUCAAAGGCCUAAAAAAAUGUUUUAAAAUUAUGUUAAGAACAUUUUUGGUGGGUUUUAUUUAGAAAUCAAAUUGUCAAGUUUACAGUCAAACUUUCAUGCUUGAAAUAUUUUUUGUCAGAUUUGAAACAAGUUGGUUUAUAUUUUUUGUUACAUUGAAACCAACAUUAAAAUGCUCUUAAAAACACCAAGCAGCUCAAAAAUGACAUGAUUUAUUGACUAUAAAACUCAUUUCAUUGUGGAAGGUCAUGUGCACAGUCAUCUAAUGUAUCUGGACUUGCCACAUAAGCUCACCUGUAAAUUAUACAUCUUUGAUAUGUCAGAUGUUUUUCUUUUUUUAGAUUCUCUGAUUUUUCAUUAUUUUAAAUUUAGCUAUAAUUUUUUAAAAUAAGAAUAAAUAAAAAAAAACAAAAAAACAGUAGCCAUGUGUGCAGUUUCAGACAUUUUGUAAUCAGUAGUUUUCACAACCUGUAAAGAUGUUACCUUGAAAUUCUAGGCUAAAUUGUGUGGUUUUCUAAGUAAGGAUCUAUUUGUACAUUCAAUCAGGGUUUUUCUUUCUGCUCAUGUUAAGUUUUAGUUUCUGUGAUUUAGUUUCUGUUUACCUUAGUUUUUAUGUUGAAAGCUUCUUUGUAUAUGUGCAUUAUAUUCAUUUAGUAAAUAUUACACAAGUCAUAUUUCAAUCAUUGUGCCAUCUUUUUUUUUUUUAAUAACAUAAGUGAACAGUUAUCUAUUGUUUUAAUUUAUAUGUAUUUAAGUGAUAUUCUAUUGUUUUAAUUGAUAUGAGAAACAGAUGUUUCAACCAACAGCUCCAAACACUAUGCUGAUAAAUGUAAGCUGAUAUUCAUGUGAAAGAUAUGUUCUACUAGGUGAAAUAUUUUAUCUCCAACAAUUGUGUUCAAAUGAGUUCAUCAGUAGAACCCUUUUAAAAAUGUGUUGUCAUGUUGGGUUUGAACAUUCAUUCACAAUUGUAUAUUUCCACAUUCUUUUUUAUUUUGUGUGCAUUUUAAUUAGGUUUAUGGUGGUGCUCAUAAUCUGAGUACAUUAAAAGGCUGGAGGUCUCUCAGAAAGUUUUAUAAAUGAUGAAUGCUUUGAAGUUCUUCACCUGAAAAGCUUAUUAGCCUGUACAUUUUCAAUUUUGCAAAAAAAAAAUUAAGAAAGAAAAUGCUACAAUCAGUAACCUGUCAUGACCUGAAUUGUGUAGAAAUGCCUUAGAUCAUUUGGCAAAAGUAUUCAAAUGACAGUUUCACUUUUUAAUUCGGGUGUUCUUAAACAUUUAGUCUGCACCGCUGACUGGAGUUUCAAGUACCACAUGGCAGGAUUUAGAAAAAACAAAAACCACCUUUUACUUGUUAAUAGCUAAUUCAUAAAUCUUUGUGAAGUCAAAGUCCUGCAGGGUUUGUUUUUUUUUUCUUACAAUAUUCUUGUACAUUAAAUCACGAGUUCAUGUCAUUAAUCACAAAUUGAAGCUGAUGUACAUUAAAACUUUUUGCUGAAUUUAUUGUCUUACAAUAUUUUGAAGUUGUUUUCCAUCCCUCUACUGGUUUAUGAAAAAUUUUAGUUUCAAUGGUCUCAUUUAUAAAUAAAUAAAAUGUUCAA